AUGAGCAGUAAAUCAAAUUGUAGUAACUUUGUUCAGCAAUUGCAAUAUCUAGUGAGAAUUCAUCUGUUUUAGCAUGAUAUAAGUAUUUUGAUUCAAAAAAGGGAUUCUCAAUAAGUUACUAUGAUUUAUGAAGACAAAGGCAUAAUUGCCUUUAUAGGAUUCUAUAAGAUUUAUUCGGUAUUCUCUGAUAUGAGUGUAUCCAUGGUUAAUGAAUCAAAUUUAUUUAUAGAAAUUUUUAUGGAAAAUCUAAGCUCAUGAAUAAUUUAUUCUGAGCUUAAUUAAAUAGUGAGAAAAUCGUAUAAUAUCUUCUAGUUAAGAUAAGAAAAUUGAAUUUCGGACAUAGAAAAAUGGAUGCUUAUGUAUUUAGCAAUAAAUGGUUAUAAAGAUAUAGUUUUUGGUUAAAUUUAAAUGAAAAAGGGGAUAAGCUAAUUACUUGAAGUAAGGAU